AUGAGCAAUAAUGAUGAGCAAUCAUCAUCAUCAUCAUCAAUCAAUCAAAAAUCCUCACUUCCCAAAUUCCCACCACCAAAUCCCGGCUCUAAAUUGGCUCUCCAUCAAAUUCAAUGCUCAAUUCAUACUGUAGACUCGCUUCGUUCAUAUUUCGAAUCGUUUGGCAUCGUUGAACAAAUUGAAAUCACUCCACGUGCCGAUGGAUUUGUAGUUUUUGAGGAGAAGGCGUCAGCGGAUCGAUGUCUGGCUCAUGGAGCACAACAUGAUGUGCAGGACCACAAGAUUUGGGUGGAGAGACAAGCCACGUUUUAUUGA